AUGAGAGUAUUUCAGAAGAUAAAAAUGAAUUAGCAUUAUUAAAAGCGUUCCAGUCUGCAGAUGCAAUUAUUCCAACGUUACCGACCGAAUUGCCAAUUUUCCCUAAAGAUAAACUUACAACAUCACCAUCAAAAAAAGCUUAG